UUUCCGUAGCAGUUUUUUCCACUUGCGGAUUUUUCGUUGUGCGCGUGUUUUUUGCUCGUUUCAGCUGCAUUUGCGGCCGCUGCGAAACGCCGGCGAUUUGAAAUGCUAUUGGCCUAGACGGCAGCCACUUGCGAAGUCAGAGCUCGAUGGUAUUUUAUACAGUUCGCAGUACGGUCGCACUGGAAUCGUUUUGGGAUUUGGCUUUUAGCAAAGAUUUUUUGUGCUAAUUUUGUGCAAAAAUCGAAGCAGCAGCCGUGUUAAUUGAGAGCAAGUGGGAGCCCGAGCUGUUACACCUGGCGGAAAUAAAGGGUAUAAUAGUAAAAUAGAAGCGACCAGCAGCAGCAAAAUGUACAAGGCUGACGUCAACCGCCGCGUUCUGGCCAUUCAGGCGAAGAAGAAGCGUCAUAAGAACAACAAGAAGCGGGGCAAGCAGAACGGCACUAACCCCCAGGAUCAGUCCAAUCCCGGCCAAAACACGAACCCAAAUCCAAAUCCAAGUGCCCAACCAAAUCGGAGCAGCGAAAACUUGCAGGCACCGUAUAAUGCUAAUAAUAGCCAAGUGGAUGUACCCAUUUCGGACGAAUUUAGCAAGGUCACUGAAACAGCCACAGCUUCCACGUCCAGCGGAGGAUCAGGCGGAACUCCCUAUCAAUAUCAGUCAGAGAAAACGCAGAACACAAAAUCUAAAUCCAGCAAGCAGAAGGAGCAACAGCCACCGCGAAGCAGCUCGAACGAGUCCUUCACAUACGAAGUGAACAGCGAGAUCGAGGAUCAGGAGCUAAAGGAGGACUACUGCAAGGGUGGCUACCACCCCGUCAACAUCGGUGACCUGUUUCAGGGUCGGUACCACGUCAUCCGAAAAUUGGGCUGGGGCCAUUUCUCAACCGUCUGGCUAUGCUGGGAUCUGCAGGAGAAGGGCUAUGUGGCAAUAAAGAUUGUCAAGUCAGCGCCGCACUUUGCCGAGACGGCCAAGGAUGAGAUUAAGAUACUCAGGAAGGUGCGCGAUAAGGAUCCGUCAAAUCCACGCCGUCAGAAGACCGUCCAGAUGCUGGACGAUUUCAAGAUCACUGGCGUUAAUGGCACUCAUAUCUGUAUGGUGUUCGAGGUGCUCGGAGAUAAUCUACUGAAGCUUAUCCGCAAGUCAAACUAUUGUGGCAUCCCGCUUGGCAACGUAAAGUCCAUCACCCGCCAAAUACUGGAAGGACUCGACUACCUCCACACCUGCUGCAAUAUUAUUCACACGGACAUUAAACCCGAGAAUGUACUCUUGUGUGUGGACGAGCUGCAUGUCCGUUCUCUGGCUACCGAAGCGACCCAGCUGUACUGCAUGAACUCCAAGAUGUAUCCCUCAUUGGUAAGUCGAGCGCCCAAGGAGUAUCGCGAGCCACCCAUCAAUGGAAAAAUGAGCAAGAACCGAAAGAAGAAGCUCAAAAGGAAAGCUAAGAAGCGCAUGGAACUGUUUAAGAAGCAGCAAGACUACUUGGAACAGGCCGACGGUCAGGCGGACAUUGGCGUAAAUAAUCGUAAUGAGAUGCGGAACGGCGAUGCUGGCAUCUCCGAUGAGGAAGAAUUCUUUGACGUGAAAGAAGAGCCGGAACUCAAUGUCGACGUCGACGAAGAAAUGGCUGCUGGGCAGCGACAAGAUCGAAAGGUGCGUCCAGCAGCGGCACAACAACAGGAACCUACGGCUGGGGACGCUGACAAAGCCAAAAAGAAGAGGAAAAAGAAGAACAAAAACAAAUCUAACCAGUCGCAAGGGCAGGAGCCUCCACAACUGGAGAACUCGACGAGCAGCGGCGAGAGUAGCAGCGCCCUAAAGAGUCACCAGACUAAUGGAAGUAGUAGCAUUAGUAACAGCAACUCGAGCGGAACUUUAAAAGGACAAUCAAACGGCAAGAAAAUGCCGUUGCGGCCGAAACAGGAGAAAGAAUUGAAAAAGCAGCAGAACCAGGGGCAGUCAUCGAAUCAGCAGCUGAACAACAAUAACUCUAGCUCUAAGCCCAACUCGAACAGCAAUUCGAAAAUCUCAAGUGGAUCCGCGGAGAACUCAUCGUCGGCCACCAAUGGACCGUAUUCCGAGCCCAUGCUGCCACCGCCUCCUCCGCCACCGCAAGCAAAGCCCAGGGCCAAACGUGACCCGGCGCUGGAGGAAUGCAGUGUUUAUGUUAAGAUCGCCGAUUUGGGAAAUGCGUGCUGGGUGGAUCGUCACUUCUCAGAGGACAUUCAGACGCGCCAGUAUCGCUCACUAGAAGUGAUUCUCGGUUCCGGCUAUGACACAUCGGCAGACAUUUGGAGCACUGCGUGCAUGGUGUUUGAGCUGGCCACUGGCGACUAUCUUUUUGAACCGCACUCAGGCGAUACCUAUUCCCGCGACGAGGACCAUCUGGCCCACAUCAUCGAGCUGCUUGGUCCCAUACCCCGCCACAUUGUGUUCCGUGGCACCUAUGCCCAGCAGUCGUUCAACCGGAACGGCGAACUCCGAAACAUCAAUGGCCUCAAACCCUGGGGCCUUAUGGACGUUCUGCUAGAGAAGUACGAGUGGUCGCAAAGCGAAGCGGAAUCAUUCGCUUCGUUCCUUAAGCCAAUGCUGGAGUUUGAUCCGGCUAAGCGAGCCACCGCCGCGGAGUGUUUGCAGCACCCGUGGCUUAGAUAAGAUACGAUGCAGCCUGGUUGUUGGAUGCGUGCCACCCAGCCAGCAACAGCAGAUAGAGCGGGGGCACGAUCAGGAGCAGGAGCAAGAGUAAAAGCACUAAGAGCAGGGUCCCCGGCGGCAACGUUAGAGGGAAGAGUUGGUGGGGGCUAUAUGGAAUCUUCGGCAUCGGUGGCUACUUUGGCUUCCAUCUCGUCAAUCGCUUCCACAUCGGCAGCAGCAAUGGCGGCACUGAAAGCCCGUCCUUAUUUGGUUGCACCAUUCGUAACCACAGCCUCAGCACCACCCACUCCACAGCCCCAUGCAUCCAAUUCAACGAGCACAGCCCGCACAGCACCAGCCACACCAACACGUCGAAGCAUCGCUCCCGAAGAGGAUCCAGACUUAGUAGAAGAAUUUGAUGCGGCCCUUGCUCAAAUGGAAGAGCCGCAAACACAUGCCAAGACCAAGUCGCAGCGGUUUUUUUGGCGAAAGGCGUUGCGGCGAGUCUUCCAGCGCCGUAAGUGACGGCGUCGCCGGCAGGACCUGCCCCGCUGGCAUCGUCCCGCCCGUCGCUGUCGUCGUCGCAACCUGGCCGAACGGGUGAGGCGCAUUUGCGCCUGCUGUGCCUACGGCCAGAUCCUGCUGCGUGCAGCCCGCGUGGCCCUGCUCAGCUGCAUCCGCUGGCGAACCCGUGGCAAUAUACGCAACAACAAUUUUUACUUCAGCAACCACUAAAGCAUCCGAAUCAGCAGCCAGCCAGCCAAGCAAAAAGUUGUGUCCAGACCAGCAGUCGCUAAUCUCCGUGCUCCUGCUAACUCACGAGUUACGUUUAAUGUUAAUGAAUAACCAUUCGAUUUAGUUUUACACAAGCCAGCGCUUAAUUUAUUUCCUGUGUUUUACAUCGACAAUUAGACUAUUUUUGUUGCUACUUAUGAAAUUAUAAAAAUGUAUUACCGUCUA